UGGAACUUUCAGCAUAGACGAGGCCCAUGUCACAGGUUCAUUCUGUCAACAAGGCACAACAGGUGCAUGUGGUAUGCGAUCAUGUGACCAGCUAUGCAAAGAAAGCUCACAAAAUGUCUUCCCCCACUGGCUGUAGGACUGCCAGAUUUUACCUUCUCUCCAACCAUUCAGCUACAUAUAUGCUCCAACAUUCACAAGGCGUGUAAGUUGAAUGAAACUUUUAUUUACGACUUCUUCUACUUCUUGAUAUAGCAGAGGUCGAUCUACCACAGCCCUUGCAACUGAUUACCCAAGCAAGACAACACUUUUAUCGAGUCUUAGUUCCCAAAUUGAAACUUCAAUUGUAGGGGAGUCUCAUACCUCCCUUUCCACUCCCCUAACCACGCCUCUCACCUCAACUUCUGCCGAACAACACAUAUCAAUUUGGAGUAAAGCCCCCACCAUGAAGGAUAAGCUUACAACUUCCAAGGCUCAGCUGGCGCGCGAGGACUCUGUCGUCUCCAAGUCGCCCAGUAAAAUUCCCUUUAUUUUGGUGGGAAUCUUCGCUGCUGUCACCAUCGCCCUAAUGAUUACCACAAUUGUUUUCGCAGUACAGAAGAACGACAUUGCCGCCAAGCUGGACGAACUGAAGGCAAAUAAACCACCGGUGCCCGUGGAUCGGGAGACGUGCACGACAAAGCAAUGCUAUGACUCCGCAUAUGCAUACCUGAGUAAUAUGAAUCAGAGCGUGAAUCCCUGCGAUAAUUUCUUCGAGUACGCCUGCGGGGGCUGGAACCAGCGACACACCGUACCAGAGGACCAGAUUAAAGUCUCUGUUUUCAGUUCACUGAGAGACGAUUUGAAGGACAAGCUCAAAGUUCUAUUUGAACGGAGCCCCAUUGCCGGCGAACCCUCGUCGUAUCACAUCAUAAGGAACGACUACCAGUCUUGCGAAGAUCUGGACACCAUCAAUGAGUUGGGAGCCAAACCUCUGACGGACGUGCUGACUUCGCUGGGCGGCUGGCCGGUGCUGGGGUCUACCCCUGCCGGCGGUAACUGGAACGCCACCACCUUCGACUUCGAGAAACUCUGGGCCGCCCUCAGGGGCACACACGGCGUACAGAUCAUUGUGUACAUAGACACGGUGACCGAUCCUAACAACAAGACCAAGCACAAGUUGACUGCGUCCACUCCGUUUUUCGUGGUACCAAAGGUCGGCAUCGAGAAGACGCAAUUGCGGGGUGUGAAGACUUUGAUUGACGAACGAGACUAUUCUGAGGAAUUGGGGAUAAAGAUCCUUUUGGAUGAGAGUUAUUCGAAGGAGAGGAAAGCGUACCUCCAGUACAUGAUUGACAUCGCCGUGGCUCUUGGCGCAGACGAGACAGUAGCGAAGGAGGAUAUGAAGAACCUCAUCGAGUUCGAGUCGAAUAUGGCUAACAUUACUGUAUUGCAUCCAUACUCUGGUACCACUGAAAACACUCUCAAGGAAAUUGGAAUGGAUGUGAUCGACUGGACGCGUUUCUUUCAACUAAUGUUGCCGGCAAGCGUUGACCCAGGAGUAACAGACGACGAGCCAAUCUUCAACUACAGCCCAAACUAUAUCGGCAAUGUCACCAUGUGGAUAAAAGACCAAGACAACAGAGUCAAGGCCAACUACAUGAUCUGGUGUCUGGUGAGUGAGAUGGUCCCCUUCCUGAACGAGACAUUCCUAGCCAUCCAGCACGAGUACCAACUGGAAGUGAACAAAACGAUGUCUCCUACAGCUCGCUGGAAGACAUGCGUCAACAACGCCAAUGACCAAUACAUGUUUAUCAGCGGUAGGAUGUACGUGGAUGAACACUUCACUGAAGAUACGAUACAAAAGACGCUUGAAAUAGUUCACAAUGUGCGGACGGCUUUCAAAUCCAUGCUGAAAACAAAUGACUGGCUGCAGGAGGAAGACAAGGGCGUGGUGGCUGAAAAGGCAGAUGCUAUGGACAUCGCAAUUGGUUACCCAGAAUGGAUCAAAAACAACACCAAGCUUGAUGCGAAGUAUGCCGAUCUGACUGCCACGGACGACGAGUAUUUCCAGAAUAACCUGAGAUACCGCGAGUGGCUAUCCCAGGGUGCAUUGGCUCGCUUACGUGAAGAGGUGAAAGACGAUUAUUCACUGUGGUCUUUUGGCGGGCCGGCCGUCGUCAAUGCUAUGUACGGUGCAGCCAUUAAUGGAAUUUUGAUUCCAGCGGCCCUUCUCCAACCACCUUUCUAUCACAAGGAUCUUCCCUGGUACUCCAAUUAUGGUGGAAUCGGUGUCAUCAUUGGGCACGAGAUUACCCACGGUUUUGACAACUCGGGGCGACGCUUCGACAAAGACGGCAACUAUACAGUCUGGUGGCGUCAAGAGUCCAUCGACAAUUUCCUGGAGAGGGCGCAGUGUAUCAUCGACCAGUACUCCGAAUUCAUCAUGCCAGAAACGAAUAGAAGCCUGAACGGAGGUCAGACGCAGGGUGAAAACAUUGCUGACAACGGAGGCCUGAGAGAGUCUUACAAGGCUAACAUGGGCAACAUACCCAAGCAACCUCGUCUCCCUGGCAUUGACUUCACCGAAGAGCAGAUGUUCUUCCUGUCAUAUUCCCAGCUAUGGUGCAGUGUGUUCACACCAGAGGGAGCGGAUGACGUCAUCGACAAUGAUGUGCACAGUCCUGGCCCAUACAGAGUCAUCGGUGCGCUUCAGAACAACGAGGCGUUCAGCGCUGCGUUCAACUGUCCGGCUGGAAGCUACAUGAACCCAGACCUCAAAUGCAAAGUCUGGUACUAACUUCCUCCAAUAAUAGACCGUAUGUGUAGCGGCCAUCUUAGAGGGCAUCAUUAUUUUGUUUUAUACAACACCUGAUUAAAACCCCGUCAUCUGAUUGGUGGA